AUGGCUGCUUUAAAUCAUUCCUCAGUGACUGAGUUUAUCCUUGAAGGGUUAACAAAACGCCCAGAGCUUCAACUGCCUCUCUUCCUCCUGUUCCUCGGCGUAUACGUGGUCACAGUGGUGGGAAACCUAGGCAUGAUCCUCUUGAUUGCUGUCAGUUCUCACCUUCACUCUCCAAUGUACUAUUUCCUCAGCCAUUUGUCAUUCAUUGAUCUCUGCUACUCCUCUGUCAUUACUCCAAAGAUGCUGGGGAACUUUGUGUCAGAGAAGAACAUCCUCUCCUUUCUGGAAUGCAUGACUCAGCUUUAUUUCUUCCUUAUUUUUGUGAUAGCCGAAGGCUACCUUCUGACCGCCAUGGCGUAUGACCGCUAUGUUGCGAUCUGUAGCCCGUUGCUUUACAAUAUUAUCAUGUCCCAUAGGGUCUGUUCCAUAAUGAUGGCUGUGGUAUAUUCGCUGGGUUUGUUUGGGGCCACGGUUCACACUACCCGCAUGUCAAUGUUGUCCUUCUGUGGGUCUCAUACUGUCAGUCAUUAUUUUUGUGAUAUUCUUCCCUUGUUGACUCUGUCUUGCUCCAGCACGCACAUUAAUGAGAUACUGUUGUUUAUUAUUGGAGGAGUUAAUACCUUCGCACCAACGCUGGCUGUACUCAUCUCUUAUGCUUUCAUUCUCUCUAGUAUCCUCCGUAUUCGCUCUACGGAUGGACGGUUCAAAGCCUUUGGCACUUGUAGCUCCCAUCUCACAGCUGUGGGUAUCUUUUUUGGGUCUAUAACAUUCAUGUAUUUCAAGCCCCCUUCUAGCAAUACUAUGGAACAGGAGAAGGUGUCCUCCGUGUUCUACACCACUGUGAUCCCCAUGCUGAAUCCCUUGAUCUACAGCUUGAGGAACAAGGAUGUGAAGAAUGCACUGAGCAAGGUGCUUGGGGGAAAGCAGUCAACCAGGCAAAGGAGAUUUCCAUAG